ACUUUUAUUUUGAAGCGUGGGAUUUGACGAUAAAGCAGUGUUCGGACAGUAGACGGAACAUUGGGCUUUUACUUGUUUUGCAGUUCAGUUCCUUUAGUAAAGCUGUUGUUGUUUUGUUUUUAGGUGUUUUAUUUGUAUUUUGUCGAGUUAAAGAAAGGAGUAAACUUGCUAGGCGGUUUGUAAUUUAUCGGUUAGUGAGCUCGGAGGCUGAACAGUGCUGAGCGCAGUGAAAAUGGAGGACUAUAACAGGCCGUCGUCUUACCUCGAUGAUCCCCCGAACAGCCGACUGUUUCUGGUCACCAGCAAAUCCAUCACGGAGGACACUAUCCGGGAGCGGUUUUCCCCCUUCGGGGAAAUCCAGGACAUCUGGGUGGUAAAAGACAAACAUACGAAAGAGUCGAAAGGAGUUUCUUUUGUGAAAUUUGCCCGGUCCUCACAGGCCUGUACCGCCAUGGAGGAAAUGCAUGGCAAGUGUCUGGCUGAAGGAACCAAACCCAUUAAGGUUUUCAUCGCCCAGUCCAGAUCUUCUGGGAGCCACAGAGACGUGGAGGAUGAGGAGCUGACCCGAAUCUUUGUCAUGAUUCCCAAAACAUUUACUGAAGAUGACCUGAAGGAGACCUUCAAGGUCUAUGGUGAUAUAGAGUAUGCCAUCGUCAUAAAAAAUAAAUCUACAGGGGAGAGUAAGGGCUUGGGCUACGUCAGGUAUCACAAACCCUCUCAGGCUGCCAAGGCUAUAGAGAACUGUGACAAAACAUUCAGAGCCAUUCUUGCUGAACCAAGGACGAAAAAUGCACCGGCCGACAAUGACUAUUUCAGCAACCAAAGAUCAGAUCAUGUAGCAAAUGAGCCAGGCUUAAGUUCCUACCCAUUUGCUGCAGAGUCUAGUUGUUACAGUGCUGGAGACGGAUGGAACUCUGACUUGAUAACUCGGUGCCUGAUGGUGUCAUCGCGUGCGCCUGUCGCACAGGAGCAGAUUUAUAACCUGUUUGAUCUGAUCCCAGGAAUGGAGUACUGUGAAAUGCAGAGGGACCAAUAUGGUUUCAGUAAAGGCCAGGCUAUGAUUCGGUACAGUAAUCUGGGUUCGGCUGUGUAUGCUAAAGAAAAACUGAAUGGUUUUGAGUAUCCACCUGGAAACAGACUUUCUGUCACUUUCAUUGAUGAUGGAGAGGACAGGACCAGCCCAGUAGGGAAGAUGGCCAUGCAGUUGGUUGCAGCCCAGAUGAUGUCGAUGGUAUGGAACGGCCCCUCUGGAGCUCAAUUAAUGAAGACCACAGCAGGUUAUGCGACACCGUCAAUGCCCCAGAAGCCUCGUGUUCAGACAGAUGUUGUCCUCCCCUCUCACAAGAAGCUGGCUUCUCCUGACAGUGUGGUCAAAGAGAGGCUUUUUGUCAUCUUCAACCCCUCACCACUGCCAGUGGACAUACUGGAAGAUGUGUUCUGUCGUUUUGGCUCUUUAGUGGAGGUGUUCCUGGUGCCAGGCCGGAAUGUUGGCUACAUUAAAUAUGCAGACCGAAAGCAUGCAAAUGACGCCAUGGCAACACUUCAUGGCAGAGUGGUAAACGGUGUGAAAAUGAAGGUCAUGCUUGCUGAUCCACCUAGAGAGGAGUCUCACAAGAGGCAGAGAACUUACUGAUGCAGCUUCCAAAUUAGAGAAGAGUGUAAGUGACAUGACGCAUGACCUCGACAUGACUGGACGGAUUUUUACGAUGACACGACCUCAUAGCUACGGACAGUGACUACCGUACAUAUUGUGAUGUUUUCCUUUGAGGAUGAACGCUACGUCUCCUUUAAUUCUGUGUUCUUUUCGUAUCUGUAAUUCUGAAAGGCACCUUUUAAAUGGUGUAAAAUUCUAAAGACUGUGAAGACAAAGCUUAAGUUGACAGAACUCACACAGACACUAGACAAUUAAUUGCUGUAUGCAGGUUUGUGUUUCAUGUAAAUGGUCUUGCUACUAAUAAAAAAAAAAAAAUCCA